GUUCCACUUAAUCCGAAGUUUCUGAAUGAAAUUGAACAUGCGCUUCAAGGCCAUGAAGUGAUUACUGAAUAUGAAAAUAAAGAUCUUAAAAAUGAGUUAUAUUUCUUUACCGGUGGAGAAAAUAUCGAACUACUUUUUGAAUCGAAAGAUUUAUGUUCGUGUGGUAACAGGAGAUACAAAAAGAAUUCGAAAUGUAAAGAGUACCAUGAAAACUUAUUAAAGGAACUUGUGCCACUGUGUGGAUCAUGUAAAAAGAGAAAGAUAUUGGAAUCCCAAGAAAAGGAUAAAUGCAAAAUGUGUAAUGAUUUCAUAGAGAUGAAUAAUUCUAAUCCAGAUUUGAAGAUCAUUUGUAAAGAUUGUAGUAAUAAAUGGGGACAGAUAUAA